GGAAGCUCUUGAGUUGAAGACACCACCUCCCGGAUGACCGUAGCUGCUGGUUCAAGUGGUCUCCCCUGUCCACCACUAUGGCCUGGACCAAGUACCAGCUGUUCCUGGCCGGGCUCAUGCUGGUCACCGGCUCCAUCAACACGCUUUCAGCAAAGUGGGCUGACAACUUCAAAGCUGAAGGCUGUGGAGGAAGCAAGGAGCACAGCUUCCAGCAUCCCUUCCUCCAGGCAGUGGGCAUGUUCCUGGGAGAGUUUUCGUGCCUUGCUGCCUUCUACCUGCUCCAGUGCAGAGCCACAAGACAGUCUGACUCCAGCGUAGAGCCCCAGCAGUCCUUCAGCGCCCUACUUUUCCUGCCCCCAGCCCUGUGUGACAUGACUGGAACCAGCCUCAUGUAUGUGGCCCUGAACAUGACCAGUGCCUCGAGUUUCCAGAUGCUGCGGGGUGCAGUGAUCAUCUUCACAGGCCUCUUCUCAGUGGCCUUCCUAGGCCGGAGGCUGGCACCAAGCCAGUGGGUGGGCAUCCUGGCCACCAUUGCAGGACUGGUGGUGGUUGGCCUCGCUGACCUCCUGAGCAAGCAUGACAGUCAACACAAGCUCAGCGACGUCAUCACAGGUGACUUGUUGAUCAUCAUGGCCCAGAUCAUCGUUGCCAUCCAGAUGGUGCUGGAGGAGAAGUUUGUCUACAAACACAACGUCCACCCACUCAGGGCAGUGGGCAUUGAGGGUUUCUUUGGCUUUGUGAUCCUCUCACUGCUCCUCGUGCCCAUGUACUACAUCCCAGCUGGCUCCUUUAGCGGAAACCCUCGCGGGAUGCUGGAGGACGCGCUGGAUGCCUUCUGCCAGGUGGGCCGACAGCCCCUGAUUGCCCUGGCCCUGCUGGGCAACAUCAGCAGCAUCGCCUUCUUCAACUUCGCGGGUAUCAGUGUCACCAAGGAACUGAGUGCCACCACCCGCAUGGUGCUAGACAGCCUGCGCACCGUGGUCAUCUGGGCCUUGAGUCUGGCACUGGGCUGGGAGGUCUUCCACCCACUGCAGAUCCUUGGUUUCCUCAUCCUCCUCAUGGGCACUGCCCUCUACAAUGGGCUGCACCGUCCACUGCUAGCCUGCCUGUCCAGGGGCUGGCAUCGCCCCUCCCAAGAGGGUGAACAAGAGAGACUGCUGGGUGACAACCGGACUCCUAUCAAUGACGCCAGCUGAGCCCCUGGUAGGGGUCUCUGCUGCCCCCAGAUGGCUGAGGCCAUACAGACUGGUGGGCUGUGAGUGCCUUGUCCCCAAGGCCUGGCCCCACCCCU